UUUAGUCAGAUCAGGAAGUGUGAUGCUGUGACAGUAGAGGAGGAAGCAGGCUCACAAUGGCACCAUGUUUGCUUCUGGGACUGGAAGCAUGAGAGGGCCGGGGCUGAAGACCCCUCUGCUGCUGCUGCUGCUGCUGCUGCUGGGCACAGUGUUUUGCCAAGAAGAGGAUGAUGCAGACGUAGAAGAAGACCCAGACAUAGAGCCUGGGGAGGAGCCCGGAGAUGCAGAACUAGAGGCUGAUGGUGAACCAGAUGACACAGAUGUUUCUGAAUCCACUCUACCUCCGGACCUCACCACACCAUAUAUCGAUUUUGAAACUACCAUUGAAGAAGAGCAGGAUGGCUCAGGACGUUAUUUCUCCGAGCCCUAUGAUGGGGAGACAAACACUACGGAUGUGACCGACCUAGAGACGGAUGAGGGUCUGGGUCUGCUCAUCAUCCUGAUCCCUGUGGUGCUGGUGGUCCUCAUCAUCGCCUUCAUCGUUUUCUGCAUCUUCAUCAACCGCAGGUGGAAACAAAAUCAGAUGAAUCAUGAGCUGAGGAAAGAGGAUCCAUAUUUGGACGGGUCCAGUUCAGAGAAGGUUCCUAUGCCCAUGUUUGAGGAAGACGUGCCCUCUGUGCUCGAGCUAGAAAUGGAAGAGUUAGACAAUUGGAUGAGAAAGGAUGAUAAACCUGCAGAAGACUCUAAACAUUUAUGAAUCUACUUAUGGUUAACAAAGGACACACAGUGAACAAUGCAGCGAUGCCGACGUGGACGAUCUGACCGUCCUCCAAUUAUCCGGCAGCAUCUGCGACCACGGGGACUCAUUUGACUGCCAGGAAAAUACAUCACAACACUUCAAGGACACUUUCAUUGCUACAGUAAAACAAUCAACAAGAAGAACUUGUUCUUACAGUGGACAACAUAUGGACUUACAUCUGCUUAAAUAGUGACUGUCGGAUCAGUGUUGUGUCUUUUUUAAUGUAUGGUUUCUGUCAUGCAUUGCAAUACUUUUAUUUAGCUGACAAUGUUGUCCCUGGCAAGUUCUAAUAAGUGCAUUCAAUGUGAGUAAAGCCAAAAUAUUGCAAGAAUCAAGCAAUGCCACAUUAAGAGACCAUAAGUGAUGAGAAAGUUUUAUUUUUAUUUUUUAAUAUCAUGCACAGGCCCAGGUGCAGUUCGAACAGAUGAGUUUUCGGUCUGUGACGGAGGAUGUGUAGGUGAUAUGAUUGAUUUAGAAACUGUCAAAUAGUAAUCUGUAAUAAUCCACAAUAAUGCAGAGUAUUUUCUGCCUCAAUGAAUCAGACAGAGUUAAACGUUUAAAGAACACAGUGUAGCUACCAACUAUUCUCUUUUCUGUAGAUUCAUACUUUUAAAAGACUAUGUGGUCAUCUUAAAGCGUGUUAACUCCUCACAGAUAUGACUGCUGUCGGCCCCUGAACGCCUCUCUGUUGUGUUUCACUGCCCCUGAACGCCUCUCUGUUGUGUUCACUGCCGGUCCCUCCAGCUGCAGGUUUUAACUGGGAAAUAUCCUGUUGAGGAACGCAGGCAUGCAUGACAGAGGGCCACUCCUUUUCAUGCCUGUGCAGAGCUGCUGAGGAGAAAGUGUGUUUUAUUCAGAGACUGAAAUCUCUCUAAGUGUGAAAUCAGUCGCACUCUAUUUCGGAGUCUUUUGAUAAAUGAUUACCCGUCGCAGAAAAUAACUCUCUAAAAGCUGCUGCUGCUGAUAAGAUUUCCAUCUCUUGCAGUAGAUUAUACUUUGUGUCUACAGAUGCUGUUCGGAUGUUUUGUUUCCAGUUUUGGCCUAAAAGUGUUGAAUCUAAGCGCUCCUGACACUGAUCUUAGCGUCAGUGCAACUUUCUCUACACGUUCAUCAGUAUUUUGCAGCAUCUUGCAGUGUAAAUAUGAGAAUACAGAAUACCAAAAGAUAUUGUUUUUAAGGAAUGUAAAUAUUUCAAAUGGGCUGUAGCCCUGUUGUUGUUUUGCUGAUGAAGAUUUGAAUACAAUUUAAAUUGAUAAAAUCUCUUGACAUGAUGGUGUUAUCACACUAGGAAUGGCAAUGUUGCUCGGUCCGACACUUUGUUUUACACUGAGAUAUAAUAUAAACUAUUGACUGGAUAUAUUUAACUUAUGUACAGACGUUUAAUGUUCCCAGAGGGUAAAUCCUUCUUGGUUUUGAUGACUGCUGACCAUUUCUUGAGGUAGAUAUUUGUUAUUUUGACUGGUGAAAUGCCUCUAUAUCUCUUCGAUUAAUUGUUAAAAGAUCAUGAAUGUACAGCGUUCAUACCCCUCUCAAGAUCAAUUAUAAUAUAAAAGUUGUAUUUAAUGUACUAACUUGGUGAUAUUUUGCAUUUCAUCUAUAGCAGGUCAAAUGUUUACUUUUCUUUAUGACCUAAUACUGUACCUGCAAAAAUAGGUGUAAGUUGUACUACAUGCUAGUUAGCACUUUUGCUAAUACUAAGAUGAAGAACAUGGUAAACCUGUUACACAUAUUCAUCUUACUAAGGCCAUCGGGAGACUGCUGACAUUUGAUCUCAAAGCACAACUCGACUCUUAGUCUUGUACAUGGUGUCUUAUGUAGAAAACCUACAUUAUUUGUUCUAAACAAUAAAGAUUAAUGGUGUAGUCAACUAAUUUAA